UCAUAUACAGAAUGGCUUGUUCUUGGGCUAUUGUUCCUCGUCAUCCUGCGAAGUAUUGCCAAGUUCAUUGUCAAAGAAAUGAGGGUCAGGCGUCAUGGAGGGCACGCGUCGAGAUACAAAUCAUACACGCCGUUCGGCGUAUUGUCCGGCUUGCAUUUUCUGUGGUCCAUCACCACUUGUGCCUUACAGGAUCAAAACCUCAAAUUCAUGCAUAACGCGUUUCUCCGAUCAGGCCAGGGGAAGAAGAACCCAUACACGUUUGAGGUCUCCUUGAUAGGGUCGCGCGCAAUUUUCACUGCAGAUCCCGAGAAUAUUCGAGCCAUGCUCGCAACUCAGUUCAACGACUUUGGAAAAGGCCAGCGCUUCAGAGCAGAUUGGUUUGAACUCAUGGGAAAUAGCAUCUUCAACGUUGACGGUGACGCUUGGCAUGCCUCGCGCCAACGUCUCCGAUCUCUCUUCACCCGCCAACGAAUUGGUGACCUCGUCUGUUUUGAGCGUCAUAUCCAGGAUAUGCUUCCAGCAUUAGCUGGUGGCCAUUGUGUGGAUAUGAAGGACAUCUUAAGCAGAUUAGCGCUUGAUGUAUCGGCUGACUUUUCCCUCGGGAGACGGGUGGAUUCUCUGACAAGCGAAGAAGAUGACGCCGUCUUUGAGGCAUUUGAGCGUAUCCGCCACACCCAGUCCUUGAUUGAGCGACUGGGCCCUCUAAACUUCCUUGUUCCGCGCCGCAAAUUCCGCAAAGACCUAGAAACCUUGGAUAAGUUUAUGGGGCCCAGCAUUGAGAAGGCAAUAUCAAUGUCGGACGUGGAGCUAGCGGAGAUUGACAAGACAGACCACGGAUGGACACUUCUUCAUGCAUGCGCUGGUGUCUCUCGAGACGCUCGGUAUCUGCGUGACGAAAUGGUGUCGAUACUGAUCGCUGGCCGAGACACCACUGCAACCACAAUGUCCUGGGCUUUCUAUGAGCUCGCGAAGAGUCCCGAGGUGCUUGCCGAGCUUCGCCGCGAGAUUGAGAACAAGCUGGGCGUUGGCGCCGGAGCUCGUCUACCAACCUAUGACGACCUCAAGAGCAUGAUCUUCGUUACCCAUGUGCUGAAUGAGACUCUUCGGCUAUAUCCCAACGCACCUUUCAACAUCAGAGCUGCUUCAAAAGACACCAGUCUACCACGUGGAGGUGGACCAGACGGGAAUGAUCCCGUAGGAGUUCCAUCGGGUACCCAGAUCAUCUAUUCCACGCAUGUCCUUCAAUUGCGAGAUGAUCUCAAUUCAUACAAGUAUCCACUCCAAGACUUCUAUCCUCGUCGAUGGGAAUCUUGGACACCUCGUCCAUGGACGUAUAUUCCGUUCAAUGGUGGGCCGAGGAUAUGCAUCGGGCAGCAGCUGGCUCUCACUGAGAUGGCGUACGUCUUGGUUCGUGUGUUUCAACAAUACAGAAGUGUUGAAGCAAGACAAAAACCAAUGUCUAAAGAUUCGGAGUCCAUGGCAAUUGACUGGGAGAGAAGAGGCAUGGAGCCCGACUCGGUAGAGAAAUUUGUGAGGUCGAGGCCACGCAUGGCCAGUGAGAUCACACUUGCGCCUCGAGGUAGUGUAGACCUAGUCUUCCGUGAGUAGUGAAUUGGCG